AUGCCAUCAUCUGGAGCGCAGUCUGUUGUCGACAACUACUUUUCUGAAACUUCUCCGACUCCCUCGCCACACCCUAGGAACUUUAGGAGAGUGCCAGUGCACGACAUACGAGAUAACCUUAGGGCCCAUCUCCGAUUCUCACGACGAAUUGGAACUAUUGGUGACCUAGAAGACUUCGUCGUUGGCAUAGUUGACUCAAUCAAUCCUAUACGUUCUAGAGCCACCACGCCAUCCUUACCCGACAUGCCCUGGACGAAUUGUGAGCCCCACGAGUCAAGGGCGGUCCGUGUACUUGCAGAAUACGAGGAGUUGUAUCUCCAAGCCCUAACCACGUUGGACGACUCUCACGCGCAGUAUGCGCUUAGGAUCAUCCAUUCGCAACAAGCUGCCAAAUCGGAAAUUAUUUCCAUGCAGCAUGCAAUAGCAGGAACACGACGAUACACGGAGAGGAUGGAAGCGUUAGCGUUAAGCAUGGGGGAUAGAAUCCAGCGACAGGAGGAAACGCUAGCCCUAAUGUUUGCCCAGACGAACUCGUACCAACGACUCAUUGAGCUUGAUGCAGACGCCACGCAGCCGUUCCUCCUCACCUUUUUAACAGACAUGCCACCAGAGACCUUGCAAGAGGGAACACCCCCCGUACCUCCACCACGACCAUCACAUCUCGCCUUCGACCCCAUAACAGUUCCUACCCCGAACCCAUUCGAUUUGUUUGAAGGCGCUUCGACGUCUUCCGCUCCAGCAGCGACUCACGAAGGUAUUUCCAUCGCACGGCCUCUACGCCCAAACCCCCCUUCAGAUUACGUAUCGGAGUGGAACUUUAGCGACAAUCCCAACCAUCAUGCUGAAGGGUUAUCCCCGAUGACCACGGAAAAUGCAGUGCAGACCAAAACGUCUGAACACUCGGAUCAAUCGACUCAGACCCUCGUAGAUCCAGGAGAGAGUGAGCCUGGAAGGAACAUCUCCCCGUUUCCUCCCGCCUUCUCCACAGCGCUCAUCGGGCCACACCGAACCAUCCCAGCAUACAUCGCGUAUCAACGACCACAUCCCCAGUGCGUGUUCUGCAGACAGUAUACCCAUCCGAAGUAUACCUGCCCAUUUUCCAUUUGCGUAAUCUGUCAAUCUGUCCUCACAUCCCACGACCCGAAUGCAUGUCCUGCGUUGCUAUCCAACAGGAUGCGUUGCUACUACUGUGGAAAACAAGCACCUGGCCACACAAUAGAAGGUUGUUCCCACUCUCAUGACUUCUACGCAAAUUACGACGCGCGCGAGAUAGCGUUCUCUUACCCUGACCCUCAAACGGACCCGCGAUUCUCUGACUUCGAUGGAACGGGUUCAUUGUAUACUGAAGGGUUUCCGAUGAACAGUGUAAUGCCGUCGGAAGCAGGAGAUAUGUAG